AUGGCAGGCUUCAUACAAAAAGGCGCCAAGAACAUCCUUCAAAAGAACCCCAACGACAUUGUCUUCCUGUCUGCCCUGAGAACCCCGGUAACAAGGUCCAAAAAGGGCGGAUUGAAGGAUGCCUACGACCAUGAGCUGCUCGCAACCGUGCUGAAGGCCACGCUUGACAAGAACCCCAAGCUCGACCCUGCCGCAGUACAGGAUAUCCAGAUCGGCACCGUGCUGUCCGAGCUGGGCGGCUCUAAAGCCGGCCGCAUGGCCGCCAACCACGUCGGCUACCCCACCAGCGUCUCCUUCCAGACCGUCAACCGUGCCUGCAGCUCCGGCCUGGCCGCCAUCACCGGCGUCGCCCACAGCAUAGCCGUCGGCCAGAUCGACGUCGGCAUUGGCGGCGGCAUGGAGAGCAUGACGCGCAACUACGGCUCGCGCGCCAUCCCCACGGUCCUGUGGCCUGCGCUGAAGGACAGCCCCGUCAAGGACGCCCGCGACUGCAUCAUGAACAUGGGCAUUACCGCCGAGAACGUCGCCGAGCGCUACGGCGUUAGCCGCGCCGACCAGGACGCCUUCGCUGCCCGCUCCCAGCUGCGCGCCGCCCAGGCCCAGAAGGAUGGCCUCUUCGACGCCGAGAUCGUGCCCGUGACGACGCGCUUCCGCCCCGACCCCGAGGUGCCCGAGAAUGAGGAGGAAAUCACCGUCACCAAGGACGACGGCAUCCGCCCCACCACCACCGUCGAGAAGCUGGCCUCCAUGAAGCCUGCAUUCAAGCCCGACGGCUCGUCCACCGCUGGCAACAGCUCGCAGGUUUCCGACGGCGCCGCCGCCGCUCUCAUGAUGCGCCGAAGCACCGCCCACGCCCUCGGUCUCCAUGACUCCAUCAUCGGCAAGUGGGCUGGCACCCAGGUCGUCGGCUGCGCUCCCGAUGAGAUGGGCAUUGGUCCUGCCGUCGCCAUCCCUAAGCUGCUGGACUAUACCGGUGUGAAGACGGAGGAGGUUGGCAUCUGGGAGAUCAACGAGGCUUUUGCCAGCCAGGCCGUCUACUGUGUGCGGAAGCUGGGCAUUGAUGAGGAGAAGGUCAACCCCAAGGGUGGUGCUAUUGCCUUGGGUCAUCCUCUGGGCGCCACUGGCGCAAGACAGUUGGCAACACUUCUGCCCGAGAUGGAGAGGCAGAGCCAAGAAAUUGGUGUUAUUAGCAUGUGUAUCGGAACGGGUAUGGGCAUGGCCAGCUUGAUUGUCAGGGAGUAG